AUGGCUACGAACGUCGUAGCAAACCUCGUGUUCGAGGUCGAUCUUGACCAAGACGGCAGCAUGGAGAGGCACGAACAUCUCCUCCGUAUCGGCGAGCCUGUCAAAUUUGGCCGCAGCUUGAAUAGCAAUCUGAUUACGUGCCCGGGUUACAACAUCUCCCGAAAUCAUCUCGAAUUCUUUUCGGUCGAGCCCGACCCGGAGUCUACUGCUGCGUCACUGGUCUAUGUGCGAGAUCGCCAGUCUGUUAACGGAACCUUCGUCAAUGGCCUGCAGAUUGGCAAAGGUAGCACUGAGAUUACACCGGCCUAUCUGCUUCAGGACGGAGACAUCGUCGAGGUGAAAUCAAAUGUCAGGAUCCUCGUCCAGCAGCCGGCGAUGCGAGCAAGUCUACACGAGCUCACAAACAUUCAGAAGAAGGAGGUCAAGAUGUUCGAAGGUCAAUACAUUGUCACAAAUCGAGUGCUUGGCGAAGGCGGGUUCGCUCGCGUUCAUCUUGCAAUUGACGCCCGAACAAAGCAGCAGGUCGUUUGCAAAAUUCACGACAUCUCAAAGAGCUGGGGAGGUUGGAACGGUAUCGCAGCCCGACAGGCUCUUCGAGAAGUCGAUAUCUGGUGCCAGCUAGACCAUCCAAAUAUCGUGUCUUUCAAGCGCGCAUACAGGACACCUCAUACCUUGUACACAUUCGCUGAGCUAGCAACCGGUGGCGACUUCUUUUCUAUGAUCUAUCAGAUGAAGCGCUUUCAAGAGAUCGAGGUUAGGUGGGUGAUGCGGCAGCUCUUGCAUGGUCUGUCGUACUUGAACUCGAAAGCUACUGAUUUCUAA